AUGGCGAAAGACGGGAUAAACUUGGACGGCACGCCGGCGCAAUUGCGCGGCCUUUUGAACCGGCGCAUUCCUCGCAGACCUCUUGCUCGGGAGGCUAUUGAGAAUGUCGAGUACAGCUACGAGUCACAUCGGUCUCCGUUUCCCGAGGUCAGAUCUGUUGUUCCUGAGACAGAUGAUCCCAGCAUGCCGGUUAACACCGUGCGCAUGUGGGUUCUGGGAGUGAUGUUCACGAUUCUUGGCUCCGGCAUCAACCAGUUCUUCUCACUCCGAUAUCCAUCGGUGCAUAUUGUUGCCCUGGUCGCGGAACUACUUGCUUACCCAAUGGGUGUCUUCCUGGCAAAGACACUGCCUCUGGUUUCCAUCUCGUUGGGACCCCUAGGCACAUUGACGCUCAACCCAGACCGGAAAUUCAACAUCAAGGAACAUGCACUGAUUGUGAUAAUGAGCAAUGUUUCCUUUGGGUAUGCAACUGCCGACUCGACAAACAUCAUUCAAGCCGCAAGCGCAAACUUCUACAACUUCAAGCUGAAGACUGGUUUCUACGUCUUGAUAGUCCUCUGUGCACAGCUCCUCGGCUUCGGAGUCGCUGGCCUCGCGGCUCCGUGGCUGGUUGAGCCAGCUCGUAUCAUUUGGCCCGGCGUCCUGUCCAAUUGCGCUAUGCUGGAAACUUUACAUUCGCGCAGCAACACAGUGGCGCAUGGAUGGCGCAUCUCUCGUCUACGCUUCUUCCUCUUUGUAACGGGGGACUCAGCCCGAUCACAUUCGACUGGAGCCAAAUUGCGUACAACACGAACCCCCCUCCUAUCUCCGUCAUGGGCUGCAAUCAACGUGUUUGCUGGAUUUGCCUUCUUUUUCUGGAUCAUCGUUCCGAUCCUUUACUACACCAAUGUUUGGUUCACAGCGUACCUGCCCCUUAUGACCAGCGACGUCUAUGAUCGCACCGGUGCCUUAUAUGAUACUGCCCGAGUCAUCGCCGCAGACCAUAGUCUCGACGAAACCGCGUACCGCAACUACUCACCACCAUACCUCGGCGCAACAUUCGCCUUUGUGUAUGGCCCGUCAUUUGCCGCCAUCACAUCUGUCCUCUCACACAUUGGUCUCUGGCAUGCUCGCGACGUCUGGGCAGCCUUCAAAGGCCGCAACAAGCUAGACAUUCACGCCAGACUUAUUCGCGCAUCCUACAAACAAACACCAUGGUACUGGUACGGCGCAAUUAUCCUCAUCAUCACAGGCAUGUCAAUCGCGAUGGUCGAAGUCUACGACACUAGACUCCCCGUCUACGGCGUCUUCCUGGGCCUGAUAAUUCCCGCUUUGUAUAUGAUACCGUGCGGGAUCGUCCAGGGCAUCACGAACGUCGACGCAAACCAACUAAACGUUCUAUCCGAGUUCAUAGGCGGAUAUCUAUUCGAAGGGCGCCCGCUCGCAAACAUGAUUUUCAAGAUCCUUUCCACAGACGUCGUGGGACAGGGCGUCUAUUUCGCCAUGGACAUGAAAUUGGCGCAUUACCUCAAGGUUCCGCCUCGCACGACGUUCGUGGCACAGGGCGUCGCGACGAUUCUUGGCGCGCUUACUCAGUGCGGUGUCACGCUCUGGAUGCUGGGCCAUAUCGAUGGGAUCUGCGAGUCCGACCAGUCGGAUAAUUUCACCUGUCCCGAUGGACGGACGGUGUAUUCGUCCUCGGUGAUUUGGGGCCUUGUAGGUCCGCGUCGGCUCUACUCCGCCGGCAAGAUUUACUCGGGACUUCUUCAUUUCUUCUGGAUCGGUGCUCUGGCUCCUGUUGUUACUUGGCUUAUGUACCGCUAUACCAAGCAGCGGUUCUGGAAGAUGAUCAAUUGGCCUCUGAUCUUUGUGGGGACUUACAAUGUUCCGCCUGGUAUGUGUUUACUUACCCGACACUUUUGGAUUCUCCGUUCCCAAGAAGCACAAAUUGUCACUGUCACUAACCCUUCUCUUCUGCUAGCUACUGGCAUCAACUACUCCAGCUGGGCACUUGUCAAUUUCAUCUUCAAUCAUUUCCUGCGCCGGAAAUUCUUUGCCUGGUGGACGAAGUAUAACUAUAUCUUGGCUGCUGCCUUAGACACCGGUCUCGCUCUUAGUGGUAUCGUUAUAUUUUUCUGCAUUUCUUAUCCUGGCGCCGUCUUCCCGGAUUGGUGGGGGAAUACGGUCUACCUGAAUACUGCGGAUGGACAAGGUGUGCCUUAUAAGCCUAUGCCAGAUGUCGGGUACUUCGGGCCUGCCAAUGGGACAUGGACUUGA